GGUUUAUAAAGAACCCUUCAUUUUGAGAGAAAUCAAAUCAAUGCCAAGAAGCAUCGAGAAGCAUCCAUGAGAAUGGACCUACAUUUUCUUCUUCCCUUUUGAAUGCACAAUCUUACUAGCUAAAGUUUAUCUAAAAAAUCCCCCUUUUUGGACCACACUGCAAAACCAAACUCUCCUUCUCAUUUCCCAUGCCAAAGAUCCGACCUGGAAAACGAGACAUGCUCGCUUACACCAUUAGAGGCACCAACAAAGUUGUCAGAGUUGGGGACUGUGUGUUGAUGCGGCCAUCAGAAAAUGAUACAGCUCCAUAUGUAGCACGUGUAGAGAAAAUUGAAGCGGAUAACCACAACAAUAUAAACGUGCAUGUUAGAUGGUAUUACCGGCCAGAGGAGUCAUUGGGAGGACGGAGACAGUUUCAUGGAUCAAAGGAGCUGUUCUUGUCAGACCACUGUGAUAUUCAAAGUGCCCACACUAUAGAAGGGAAGUGCAUUGUUCAUUCAUUCAAGAACUAUACUAAGCUUGAGAAUGUUGGUCCGGAGGAUUACUACUGUCGGUUUGAGUACAAAGCGACUACUGGAGCUUUUGUUCCAGAUCGUGUUGCAGUGUAUUGCAAAUGUGAGAUGCCAUAUAACCCAGAUGAUUUAAUGGUACAAUGUGAGGAGUGCAAGGACUGGUAUCAUCCGGCCUGUGUGGGCAUGACUACUGAACAAACUAAACAAUUGGCUGACUUUGUUUGUUCCGAUUGCUCAUCUGAAGUGAAGAAGUCUCUUAAUACUAAUGCUGCAUUCCCUCUGUCUAAUGGCAAGGUUGAGGCAAAGCGCCAGAAGAGGUAGGCGGAGCUCUGGUAAAGAUGGAUGAAGCUAGGUUUUAUCAUGUUUAGGAUGCUCAUCAGGAUUUUGUAUAGUGCAAUGAACUGGAACUAACACCGGUUCUUUGCAUAGAUUAGCUGCUGUCUGUUGUGUCCUUUUAUAAGUAGUUCUUGUAUGUACUAGUAUUAGCAGAUGAUGACGGUCUUUUGGAAUUUGAAUCGCAAAACUAGUGUAAAUUUAUUGAUAUGUCAUCUUCUGAGUUUAUACAC